AUGCCAUUAAUAUGUAACAUUCCGAGCAAUCUACCAGUCGAAUCUACCAUCGUUGCUCUCAUCCCCUUCAGAAUGAAGACUGAUGCAGUCGACAACGAGCAGGUCUCCGAGAUCAAGAAGGCGUUCUCCUUUUUUGACAAAGAUGGUGAUGGGAAAAUCACCACCGAGGAGCUAGGCACCGUCAUGCGAUCGCUUGGCCUGAACCCAUCCGAAUCCGAGCUGAAGGACAUGAUCAACGAGGUCGACGCCGAUAACAGUGGCACCGUCGAGUUCCCAGACUUCCUGGCCAUGAUGGGUCGGAAAACGAGUGACAAGGACUUUGAGGAGGAGACUUGCGAGGCAUUCAAGGUAUUGGACCGUGACAACGACGGUUUCAUCUCCGCUGCAGAGCUGCGCCGUGCCAUGAGCUCCAUUGGCGAGAAACUCACAGACGACGAGGUUGAUGAAAUAAUUCGCGUGGCCGACCAGGAUGGCGAUAGCCGCAUUAGCUAUGGCGAGUUUGUUCAGCUUCUGAAGCAAAAGUAA